AUGGAGGUAUUACAUUUUACAGGAUUCCACCCUAGCAAUAAUCGUUCUACGGGCAAUGCCCCUAGGCUUUCACGAAUACGUUGCAGUCCAGCAAUUUCCAAGUUGAUGAAAGCCAACGAAUUGAAGAUUUGCCAAAACAUCCCAGUAUCAGUCAUGCGUCAAAAAUUAGUGGAAUAUUCAGUUAUCGAGGAAGAUAAUCUACAACAUACCAAUGAAGACGAUGAUAAUAGUAACGAAAUUGCGAAAUUAAUAUGGAAGAAAUUACGAGAUGGCGGCGAUCGAGGCUUCUAUAUUUUUUGCAACAUAUUAAAGGAGCAAUCCGAUGAGCAACUUCGAUUACUUGGGUUGCAACUCAGCAAUGAUGCAAAGAAAAUCACGGCUCUUUCAGAUGAUGACCUCCUACGAAAUGUUCCUCCAUUACCACAAAUUCAUUUUAUUGUACGAAACGAUUUUGUUAAUCAAACUGCAAAUGCAAUCAUGAAAAUUCAUGCAAGAGGUGGUAGAUUGCUCGUUUAUGGUCCAUCUGGUACCGGUAAAACUGUUGCCGUGAGUAAUUGUUUACAAUACGUUAUUAGACAGAAACAGCAAUUUCUACCUCAUGGCGUCUAUUGGAUUACGAUCGGUAAGGUAGAUAAGCAAAAGUUGUUUGAAAUACUAAGCAAUUUGAUGAUCAAGCUGGAAAUGAGACCGCAGACUUUUCCGAGCUUGAAGCAACUCAAUCAAGCAAUUUCUAAUCACUUAGAGGCGCUGUCAGAUUUAUCCUUUACGUUAUUCAUCUUUGAUGAAGUGGAAGAGCCAUCUUAUAUGGAUUAUUUGACAUUCGCUAAAAAUAGUGUCGUUAUUUCUACACAGUCUAGUCAAGCUGUGAUUGAAAAAUUCGAUUACAAUAUCCAAUCUCAGGAAAGCUUUACUCAACAAGAGGCUUUGCAAAUUAUAGCAUCAUUUCAAGAAAAUGCCAAGACGCAAUCAUGGGUCAAUGAUGACAUCGUUAAGCAAGUAGUAGGAAAGUAUCGAUCAAGUCCGCAAGCAAUUGCCUUAGUAGGUGGAGCUCAACUAAAAUCCUUGGACGAAUGGAAAGAAGUUCAAGCUUUACCGGAAGCAAAGCGGACUACGAAGCAGUCAGAAAACACAUUCACAUUAUUCACUCAUAUCAUGAAUAAACUACCAGAACGAACACGAAAACUAUUUACACUACUAGGUGCAUGCUUUAGAGUUAAAAUUCCCGUUGCCGUUAUCACUAUAUUGUGGAACUUACCGGCUGAUCAAGUCUCAGUAAUACUGCAAGAUUUACAUCGACGAUCAUUACUAUCUUAUGCUAGUGAAAACGAUUGCAGGCCUUAUUGCCAAAUCAAUAACUUAAUCAUGGACUACUUGCAGUUACCUUCCAAUGCACAAUAUGUUCAAUCGGAUUACAUGAAAAAUUUACAUCUCAAUCUGAUUAAUCAAUAUCAAUUGCAUUGCGAUGAAAAUUGGAUACUAAAAGAAGACGAUGGCUACUUUUAUCGCUACUUCAUGAAUCAUCUGAUGGCAGCUGAAAAAGACGAUAUUAUUCAGCAAAUCUUAUCAAACAGUGAAUGGAUCAACAAUCAGUUAAAACUACUCAAACAACCUUCAUUCUUAUAUGCUAAUAUGGAACAGAUUCAGGACUAUUUGCAAAGAAAGGAUUUAGAUUCGACUUCAAAGCCAUUAGAAUUCUUGAAAAGAUUUGAAAAAUUUCUACCGAAAAGUGAUCCAGAUCUACUGCAGUUAAUUUUAGAUUUUGCACCUAGCGACAGUCCUCUGCGUCAGCAAGCAUAUAAAAGUGCUCGUCGAUUAAGCAAAGAAGGGAAAGGGAUUUACCUGAAAUUGAGCUACUCCGAAAACAGAAGUCCUGAAAAUUUCUACGACAUACAGAAUUUGCCUGAGGAAGAAGAACCAAAUUUACGGAAUUUAGUUAUCGAAAGAGGUAAUCCAUACACCUUGUUUGAAGGCAAAAUUUAUCGUUAUGCGGAAAGCUUCGAUCAUAAAAUGAAAGCGCGUGGAUAUGGCCCAUUUCGUGGCAUGAACAUGUAUCGAUUUAGUUGGGAAAUUGUUUCGGUUGAAGAAGGUUUGCAAUUGCUAUUUAUUCUGGAAAAUGGUGAAAAAGCAACACACUUAGAGGCUUGUAGCGUCCAAUUUCUUGAGAGAAGUAACACAUCGUUUGUUACUAUUUCAGAAGAAAAGCAUCAAUUGCACCUAUGGGAAAUAAAAGAUGGAAUGAUUCAUUGCAUAAGAAGUUCUACUCCUACAGAAUUUUACAUUAACAACUUUUCCUUUGUACCCGACACGACUAAUAUACUUGUGGCGAUAGAAAGAUAUCAAAGAUGGAAUAUGUAUAUGCCCAAAGACUUGAUCAACGAAUGCUAUAUUGAGGUUUGGACACUGAAAAAUCUUCAGCCUAUCUCAAAGAUAACAGUGCCUGCUAGAAUGAAUAGUUCAUACAAGCCUCUGACUGGAAAGCCUGAUCCAAGCGAUCAUUUAAUAUCCUAUGUUGGCCCGUUCGAUGAUAGCCGUUAUUUAAUAUCUUAUGGAAAUAUUAGCGGUUUACUGACUAUUGAAAAUUGUCGAGAUAAAACGGAGAAAGAUUUCGCUAACCAUUGGUCGGACAUGUUUAAGAUAAUCGAUAACGGUUAUACUCAUCUUGCCAUAUCAAAAGACAAGAAAUAUAUUGCUUGUAUGUCCUACUUCGGAGAUAUUCUGUUCUAUCAGGUUGGUCCCAAUGAGAUUACGUAUUAUUCCAUGAUUGUAUGCGAAAAUGGCAAUUCCCGAAUAUCUUUUGUGGAUGAUAGCUAUGAUAUUAUGAUCCACUUUGAUAACACUCGUCUUUAUUAUGCCUUUCCCACUACGUAUAAACCAAUAUCAACGCAGGGACAGGCCAACGCUGGUAGAAAUUAUAAUUUGCAAGUUUCCAAGAACAAAAUUGUUAAUAAUGUACUAGUCAUAGCGGAAAUUAUCAAAACAGAAGAUAAUUUCCAGCUAAAGGUUCACCGAGGCGAUCGUCAAGAAGAAGUUUCCAGUCAUCAUUUUGGCUCUCACUAUAAAUCGACUUUUGUAUCCAAAGAUCACUCUACUGUCGACCUUUUUCUAUUUGAAGAUCUUCCAAGUAUUUUGUUGACUGAAGUUUAUGCUUGCGAGAAUGAAGAUUGCUUAAAAGAUCAAGACAAGAGACAUUAUCACUGCUUUUAUAGCCUGAGAAGAUUUGAUGACCUUGACCAUGAUUUUUGGGUUUAUGAAAUCUUGGUAAGUGAUUUCAAGCAUCAAGAAUCUCAACCACCUUCGGUAGGAGGAAUAUCUCCUUCCUUUACGAUUCCCACAUUAGCCCUCGUACCAGGAAUGGGAAAAUAUGGCUUUAUAGAUAAUACUAAGCCUAAUAUUAGAAUUGAAUCCUUUUACCGCCAGUAUGACAAUCAAAUAAUGGUCAUAAUCACGGAAAGCCGGCGACUAAUUAUCCUGUUCAUCGAUGCUGCGAGUGGGGCUACUACUGCUAAACAUGUCGAAGAGAUUAAUGAUAUCGCUCCAGCAAUUGCUUAUUUAGCUAAUGAAAACUUUGUUCUUUAUCAUGAAUCCAAUACAAAGGUAUGCGCCGAACAGGAACGAAUCCUCAAGAAAUACAAGAUGCAAGGUAGCAAUAUCCAAGUUGUACAAUGUGUUAAAGGAAAAUUAUUUAAUGAAGAAGAAAGACCAGUUUCUACCUAUUGUAAAAUGACCAUUUCUGAAGACAACAAAGAUAUCCAAUUGACUGAUGUUCUUAAUGUUGACGAUGAUGAUAAAAUUAAGGAACAAUUUGGAUUAACAGACUGGAAAAUUUCUAAAAAGGAAGGAUAUAACCGUGCUUUAGGUAUUUUGAUUCGUAAAGGAAACUAUGCCAUGGUAUUUCGCGAACCUAGCCAAGGCAGCCACCAACAAGCUAGCUUCUAUGCAGGUAAUCGAAAAAUCGAGUUUAAUCCGACUUCUACUUAUUUGCCUCAUUUAUGGGAUAAAAAGUAUGCCGUUAUAGCCGAGGGCAGUGGAAUUGAGAUCUAUGAUAAUGCAACAUUGCAAUUAAAACUGAGGUAUUCACCGAUUCGCCUUUGUGAUGAAUACGUUACUUCAGUUCAAGCAAGUCCUGAUGGUAAAACUAUUACCUGCACGCAACCUCAUAGUUGUUUAAAUAUUAUGAAAGCGAUCAUUUAG